AUGCGUGCCUCUGGCGUUUGUCGUACGCUUCCCACAAGUUCAGCGUCGUUACACGGCGAUCUUGAGCGAUUUAUUUACCCCCUCACACGCCACCUGCGUAACGGGGGCGGUCUUCCACGUAUCGUGGAGGAGACUCGUGAAAGACAAUUUGCUGCGGACCUCAAUGCGCCCAAUGAGCGAACCCCCGGUGUUCGAAUGCCCGUCACGUACCUUUCAGCUCACACAAACGCCCUUUUAAACCGGCCGCUUGAGUCUGCUGACGACGGGGAUGUGACUGUGCCGCUGUACCGCUGCCCCAUAUGCUGUUGUGCCGGUGCAGUAACGGAAGGAGGAAAAGGAGGAGUAUUUCAACUGCCAUGGAUGACACCGCAGGAAAUGACACGACAUAUGAGUUGGUUGCAUGCUUCCAGUGGCUCUACCCAGUCCAGUUUUACAGCCUUUAAUGCGCAAGAAAUGAAACGUCUAUUAAAGGCGUUGCCGUCAUUUUCGAAGGACUCUGGUGAUGUAGAAGGGGAACUUUUCUCACCACGCGUGGUGGUUCUUCUUGAUGUGGCGAAUAUUGAACUUGCCACGGAGGAGGUGUUACUCGAACUGUUAACGAAUGGGGAGAGUCUUCAGUUUUUUCGUCGUGUAGCCUGUUUAUUUGUUUGUGUACACGAGGUGUUUAUUCCACACACAUCGCGUCCUGGGCACAUCUUUUUUCAACUUUCACGAAUGCACCCACACUCUGACAUUUACAUUGUGUAUGCCGCGACGCGAAACGAGUCUGGGGACCUUGUCUCGGCCUCCGUCAUGGGUGAGUUGCUGCUGCAGAAUGUGCGGGGUUGUGGUCCCGCGAUUGUUUUACUGACAAAGGAUCAAGUACAGAAGUCGUGUGUGGCAGAAAUGUUUAGCGGGAUUGCAGGUAAAGGCGGACGUGUGUAUUUGCCACGCUUUACAGCCGCCAGCAUUCUUCAGAGUCUCCGGGAAGCGAAUAAUGCUGGUAUGGGCUGA